CCCACCACUUACACCACCACACAUCACAAUGCCUGCUCCUCAGGUUAACGGCGAGGUCACCAGCCAUGUCAAUUCCGCCUUCCUCCAGCACCUGUUCUCCUAUCCCUUGGUUAGCGACGGCAUUCACACUGUGACCACCAACGAAUACGCACAGCGGCCUAUCAAGCUGGGCGAAUCUGCCUAUAAGACUUUUGCCGCCCCUGUUCUUCCCUACUUUUCCAAGCCCUAUGGUAUCGUCUCUCCCUACGUCCAAAGGGCCGACUCCUUUGGCGACAAGACCCUGGACCGCAUUGACGAGCGCUUCCCCAUUGUCAAGAAGCCCACUGGUGAUCUCUACAACGAGACCCGUGGUCUGAUUCUGUUCCCCUACCAGAAGGGACUCGAGGGCAAGGAGCACGUUUUCAAGAUCUAUGCUUCCGAGCUUAAGAAGCUUGAGCAGGAGGGCGUCGUAGCCCAGGGCAAGGCUGCCGUUUCCACCGCCUUUGUCAUUAGCAACGAAACGCUGGCCUGGCUGAGCAGCUGGGUUGCUGUCAAGAAGGGCGACGCUUCUGAGGCUACCAAGGAGAAGAUCAACCAGUAGACGAUUUCCGGAGUGGAUUACAAGCGAAACAGCGCAUCAUUUCCUUUUUUGACCGGCCCUCUCUCUCUUCUUUGUCUUUCUCUUCUUACCCUUUUGUUUGGGUCGGCAUCGUGUCGACUUCCUCUGUCACUGGAUCUCAUUUGCUUUUUUGA